AUGAGUCUGCCUAUGCUGCCCUUGUCGCCCGACUCUAAACGGCUCUCCGUCGUCAGCGAGGAGACCGAGAAACUCAACCUCAUGGGCCUCCGGUACGCCUCCCCAGAGCCGUCUGAACUUGUCGAGGACGGUGAGGAGGGCGAGGACGACCAGGCGACGCAGGAAGAACACCAGGAACCCGGACGGGCUCAAGAGCCUUGUGACGGACAGUCGGACUCUGAUGGCAAAGAAGAGCUUCCGGACCUGGCCGACCAGGACGUGUCGGUCCCAAUGCCCCGCCAGACGGACGAAGGGGCCCGGCCCGCUGACCCCGUCGUCACCCCCCACCCCGUCGUCACCCCCCACCCGGUCUCCAUCGUCGAGCCCGUAAUAUAA